UAAAGGCCUUGUCGUAAAUUAGCCAUACCAAUCCUCCUCCCCGAAACAAGGUCCUGUAAAACACACGAAGCAGAGGAAAAAGAUAGGCAAAUAGGCAUUGUGGUAGUUAAUUUGCUGACCGAAAUGAGAUUGAAAGAGAAGGAGGGAACAAAUAACACAUUCUCAAGGGUGAGAGUGUCAGAAAAAGUUAUUGUCCCAACAUGAGUGGCUGGUACUUGGACACCCGUAGGAAUUGUGACAAAGACAUUAUAGACUCUUUUAUAACUUGUGUAUUUGUCCAUAGUGCAAGUUAUAUGAUCGGUUGCACCUGUAUCCAAUAUCCAAACAUAGGCUAGUGGUUGAUGGGAAAAUUGAGUACCUGCUGGAUUUGUGACUGACGAUACAAAUGCGGCUGCAUUGUAAGGGGAAGAGGUUGAUAAAUGACCUCCAGAACUUGAUUGUCCAGUGGAUGUUCCAAUUGGAUCGCAGACAUAAGCUUGAAGUUGAUCAUAUUGCUCCCUUGAUAGCCUCAGAUUAGAGAGAGUUCCUGUGAUCCCAGGUGAUCCAGUUGGUGGGAUAGUGACUGCUGAAUGUGCUUGCCCUCGAUAUUGGUUGUUGAAACUGGCUGGUCUGGGAGUAUAAACAGGUGCUAACAUGGCCAUAGGAUCAACAGCCUUGAUCUGCUGGAAACUUCCAACAAACUGCCUCUCAAGUUGCAUUAUUCGAUGGAACACAGAGUCCAUAUCAGCUACAGCUAACCUAAUCCAGCCCAGGACCGUGGUGUUGCAACUGAUCCAAGGCUGAUAUAGAGG